CCAUGGCCGGGAGGAACUAUGGCGCGAUGGAGGGAGAGGGCGCGAGGAGAACAACGACGAGAACAUGCUCUCCGUCCCCUUCCUCCUACUCCUCCUCCUCCCUCUCUGCGUCCAGAAAGACGCUCUUUGUUGCUCCGAUUGCUGUCUUGGCUGCCUCGCUCUCACUCCUUGCUUUCACUUUCUUGCCCACUCAGACCAAUGAGAGGAGCGAGCUGGUGUCAGGAAGAAGGGGAGGAGCCUUGUUUCAGUCUCUUGCAGAGACUAGCGUCAGGACAGACAAGGCGCAUCCCUACAACAGGAUGAUCAACUCUCCCGACCGUGUCAAGUUCAUCAACACGGAAUGGACUCCAGCGCAGACUGUAAAUCCUCCUCCGGUUCAUCCGUAUCACGGAGGGUCGAGGCCUUCCAAGGUUCUUCACCGUGAUUUCGAGCAUGAGCCCUAUGGCAAUCACCUUCCCUGGGAGAAGGGACCUGAGGGAGCCCAGGCUAAGUAUGCUGAGAGUCUGGAAGACUCGAAGGCAUACAGGUACAUGGUUGACAAGAACGGGAUUGUGAGGAAGUGGGAAACCGAUCUGCCUCUUGAUCGUUAUAAUCCCAAUCAUAUCGUUGUCUCCUCUGCACUGCUGGACAAGCUCUCUCCUCUACCUCCUCCAUCGAUUAACGCAAGGGACGUAGCGGGAGCGCUGGAAAGACACCAGAAGAACGAGAUUCAGAAGAGCUUUCGAAGCAUCUUUCCCAAGGGCAUGUUUCAUGACACCAUCGUGGACUCUAGGACUGGAGCUGUUGCUCAGAUCGCUGGCGUCUCACAAGAAGAAUCCGUAUGCCCCGGGGGGUUGUACAAGUGCAAGGACGACUCGUGUGUCGCGCACAUCUCCUACUGCCCGGGAUGCGACGUGUACCCGGUGCCGGAGCAUUGCUCGCUGAUUCAGCCUCACAAGAGCGGUUGGAGGGUCUCAGCAGUGGGGUGUGAUUCGUCCAACAUGCAAGAGUGCGGGAUGGCGGACGGAAACACUUUGUUUCUUCCGGGAGAGGCCGUUACUGGUGGGGUUUUUGAUUCCGGCCUUGCUUGAACGAUAUUGAUGCUUUCUAGCAUGCGUGUGAAAUAAUGAAACCGACAACAUG